AUGAGGAUCUGGUGGCUCCUGUUCGUCUCCGGAGUCUGCGCAGGGAUGGUGAACUCACAGGACACCUGCAGGCAGGGCCACCCUGGCGUCCCCGGGAACCCGGGUCACAAUGGAUUGCCCGGGAGAGAUGGACGAGAUGGAGCAAAGGGUGACAAGGGGGACGCAGGCGAACCAGGACAUCCUGGGGGCCCAGGGAAGGACGGGAUGCCCGGAGAGAAAGGAGAACCAGGAGCCGAUGGAAACGUUGAAGCAAAGGGCGUCAAAGGUGAUCAGGGCUCAAGAGGCCCCCCAGGGAAACACGGCCCAAAGGGACUUGUGGGCCCCAUGGGACAGAAAGGCCUCAGAGGAGAGACGGGCGCCCAAGGGCAGAGGGGGGAGAAGGGCGACGUGGGUCCCGUUGGUCCAGAAGGGCCAAAGGGCAGCACUGGACCUUCGGGCCCAACGGGUUUACCUGGCCCCGUGGGCCCCACCGGAAAGCCGGGUCCCAGGGGAGAUGCCGGCCCCUUGGGGCCCCAGGGUGAGCCCGGAGCCCGGGGACUGAGAGGCUGGAAAGGAGAUCGAGGAGAAAAAGGGAAAAUUGGGGAGACGCCAGUCUUGCCCAAAAGCGCCUUCACCGUGGGGCUCACGGUGCUGAGCAAGUUCCCUCCGUCAGACGCGCCCGUCAAGUUCGACAGGGUCCUGUACAACGAGUUCGGCCACUACGACGUGGCCACGGGGAAAUUCACCUGCCACGUCGCUGGCGUCUAUUACUUCACCUACCACAUCACCGUUUUCUCCAGGAACGUCCAGGUGUCUUUGGUCAAAAAUGGGGUAAAAGUCCUGCACACCAAGGACGGUUACGUGAGCUCCGAGGACCAGGCGUCCGGUGGCAUCGUCCUGCAGCUGAAGCUCGGGGACGAGGUGUGGUUGCAGGUGACGGGAGGGGAGAGGUUCAACGGCUUGUUUGCGGAUGAGGACGACGACACCACGUUCACGGGCUUCCUCCUGUUCAGCAGCGCGUGAUGGGUCGGGGGGGGCGGGGAGUGGUUAUAGCUCUGUCUCUCCAUCCGCCCGAAUCAGCUUGGUGAAGACAUUAUCUGAUGAUUUUACCACGUUAAUUAUAUCACCACUGUCAGAACCAUAAAAAGGUGAAAGUGGGAAAGUUACUCCUAAAACUGCGUCUAUAGAACUCGCUAUCCUUCCAAGAAUAAAUGUAAAAAU